CAUCGAUCGUGUAGGUUGUGUCGGCGUGGCUUUACCAAUGGCAUCGUUGAUCACUCUCUCACUGCUACCAAUUCUCUUGUUCACCAUCCUCUCUCCUACACCUACACUCUGCUACGUCGAUUCAGACAUUGCAGGGGUACACCAUGUUGCCACGGGCAGCUCUACUUACAUCAUACUUGUUGAGCCACCGCCCACGACCUCCGCCGAAGGCGAGCACCGUCGGUGGCAUGAGUCUUUCCUGCCGAGCUUGCACACCGACGACGGCAAUCCACGUCUACUCCACUCCUACACCGAGGUGUUCAGCGGCUUCACCGCAAGGCUCACUGACACGGAGCUUGAAGUGGUGGCCAGGAAACCUGGUUUCGUGCGCGCCUUCCCAGACCGGAGACUGGGUUUUGUGACCACGCACACGCCGGAGUUUCUCGGCCUAAGGAACGGAACCGGGCUCUGGAGUGAAGGCGGCUAUGGGAAAGGGGUCAUCAUCGGGUUCCUCGAUAGCGGCAUCGACGCAGCGCACCCUUCGUUCGAUGACCGUGGUGUCUCACCACCCCCGGCGAGGUGGAAAGGCUCGUGCACGGCGGCCCGCUGCAACAACAAACUCAUCGGCGCCAAGUCGCUCGUCGGUGGCGACUCUAGCGAUGAUUUCGGCCAUGGGACGCAUACCUCAUCUACGGCCGCCGGGAACUUCGUUGCCGGAGCAUCGGCGUACGGCGUGCGCGUGGGCACCGCGGCCGGAACUGCUCCCCAUGCCCACAUCGCCAUGUACAAGGUGGGCGAUGCCAGUGGUUCUGAUGAAUCCGUUGUGCUAGCUGGCCUAGACGCCGCCAUCAAGGACGGCGUGGAUGUGGUCUCACUCUCCAUGGAAGGAGAUGAGAGCCACUUCGAUCAGGACCCCAUCGCAAUCGGUGCAUUCAGCGCCAUAUCCAAGGGUAUCGUCGUGGUAUGCUCGGCUGGAAACAGUGGCCCCAAGAUGGGCACGGUUGCCAACGACGCGCCGUGGUUGCUCACGGUGGCCGCCGGCUCCGUGGACAGGAGCUUCGGCGUGAGCAUGCGUCUCGGCAACGGCAAGCGCAUCGAUGGAGAAGCGCUCAAGCCGGACAUACUCGCACCAGGGCUAAACAUCCUCGCCGCGUGGCCGCGAAAUGUGAAACAUGGGCCCGGGGCUUUUAGCUUUAACAUCCAGUCUGGCACAUCCAUGGCGUCGCCACACGUCAGCGGUGUCGCGGCCCUUAUCAAGAGCUCACACCCUGACUGGUCGCCGGCCGCCAUCAAGUCGGCCAUCAUGACGACGUCGGAUGCCCUCGACAACACCGGUGGCCUGAUCAUGGAUGAGCAGCACCGGAGAGCUGGCGCGUAUGCCACGGGCGCAGGCCAUGUGAACCCGACGCGAGCCAACGACCCUGGUCUGGUGUUCGACCUCGGCGUCGCUGAUUAUGCCGGCUACAUCUGCGAGCUCCUUGGCGACCAUGCAUUGUCGGUCAUCGUGCGCAACUCUACCAUGACUUGCAAGAAUCUGCCCAAGGUCUCCGAGGCGCAGCUGAACUACCCGACCAUAACAGUGCCGAUGAAACCUACACCGUUCACCCUGUCACGAACGGUAACAAAUGUUGGGCCGGCAGAGUCUACGUACACGGUAGAGGUGGAAGCGCCGAGGUCGUUGAUUGUGCAUGUCUUCCCCGAGAUGCUUGACUUUUCCAAGAUCGGAGAGAAGAAGACGUUCGAUGUAUCGGUGAGUAGUAGUCGCAAUAUGGAAGAAGGUGAACUCUUGGUGGAGGCAAGCUUGAGCUGGGUGUCGGAGAAGCACAUCGUGCGAAGCCCAAUCGUAGUUGUUGCUAACCUCGGCAGGCCUCCACCAUCAUAAUUGUUCACCGGUACUUUGUC